CCCGGCGGUAGCCGGGCAGGAUCCUGGGCCGCCGGCCCCACCCCACUCACCUGCGCAGGUAACCCGGGCCGAGGCCGCCGGGCGUAGGCGAAGGCGGAGCGGGCUCGGAGCAUGUUUGGCCGUCCGUUCUGCGGCGGUGCGUGUGUCCGGGUCACCAGAACUCUCGGAACCCAGAGGCCCGCACAGUGAAGGAGGGCGACGGCCCUGGGAGGACGAUGGCGGGCGCCCGCCUCGCCGUUGGCACCGUGUGGCUCCUCUGUGCGCUCGGCCUCCAGGGCACCGAGACCGGGCUACCGCUCGCACCCCCUGAGCCCCCGGUGGGGCCCCCCUGCCUCAACCGCUUUACCAGCGGGGUGCCUGCUUUCGUGCUCGAUACCGAGGCCUCGGUCAGCAACGGGGCCACCUUCCUGGGCUCCCCGACGGUGCGCCGGGGCUGGGACUGUGUGCGCGCCUGCUGCACCACCCAGAACUGCAACCUGGCGCUGGUGGAGCUGCAGCCUGACGGCGGUGAGGACGCCGUCUCUGCCUGCUUCCUCAUGAACUGCCUCUACGAGCAGAACUUCGUGUGCAAGUUUGCGCCGAAGGAGGGCUUCAUCAAUUACCUCACGCAGGAGGUUUACCACUCCUAUCGCGAGCUGCGGACUCGAGGCUUUGGAGGAUCCCAGAUCCCUCGAACCUGGGUGGGCAUAGACUUGAAGGUACAGCUUCAGAAUCCCCUGGUGCUGAGAGAUGCAGACAACACGGAUUGGCACCUACUUCAAGGUGACAAAGACGUCAGGGUAGAGAGACAUAGUCCAGAUGAGGUGGCGUUGUGGGGACUCAAGGAAGGCACCUACCUGUUCCAGCUGAGAAAGACUGACCCAGAGCAGCCAGAGGAAACAGCCAACAUCACCAUCACUGUGCUAUCGGCCAAACAGACAGAAGACUACUGCCUCGCAUCCUACAAGGUGGGCCGCUGUCGAGGUUCCUUCCCCCGCUGGUACUAUGACCCUGCAGAACAGAUCUGCAAGAGUUUCACUUAUGGGGGUUGCUUAGGCAAUAAGAACAACUACCUUCGGGAAGAAGAGUGCAUGCUAGCCUGCAAAGAUGUGCAAGGCACCUCACCUGAAAGGCAUCAUCCAGUGUGCUCUGGCAGCUGCCAUGCCACUCAGUUCCGCUGCAGCAAUGGCUGCUGUAUUGACGGCUUCCUAGAGUGUGACGACACCCCAGACUGCCCUGAUGGCUCUGAUGAGGCCACCUGUGAGAAAUAUACCAGUGGCUUUGAUGAGCUCCAGAACAUCCACUUCCUCAGUGACAAAGGAUACUGUGCAGAACUACCAGACACAGGACUCUGCAAGGAGAAUAUCCCACGCUGGUAUUACAACCCAUUCAGUGAACGCUGUGCCCGCUUUACCUAUGGUGGUUGUUACGGCAACAAGAACAACUUUGAAGAGGAGCAGCAGUGUCUUGAGUCCUGUCAUGGAAUCUCCAAGAAGGAUGUGUUUGGUCUGCGGAGGGAAAGCUCCGUUCCCAACGUAGGCUCUGUGGAGGUGGCCAUUGCUGUCCUCUUGGUCAUCUGUAUCAUAGUGGUAAUAACCAUCCUGGGCUACUGCUUCUUUAAGAACCAGAGAAAGGACUUCCAUCGACACCACCGCCACCACCCACCACCCACCCCUGCCAGCUCCACCGUCUCCACGGCUGAGGAUACGGAGCACCUGGUCUAUAAUCACACAACCCGGCCCCUCUGAGCCUGGGACUCUUGCCAGUUUCGCCAGGUCCUGCUUGCCAAGACAGAGGCCAGGACUCAGGAAAACUUUGGGACCAGACUCCUGCCUGUUUCCCAGGCAUGCUUCCUCAGAAGCCAGGUCUCUGGGCCUCUUGGAGGAGUCUCAGCUGAGCUCAGGCCAGUUCUGGAGAAGGCUCAGGGGUCUGGGAGAAGCAGAACACCCUCAAGCCAGGAAGGACCUACCUGCUCAGGAGCCAUAGGAAGUUGUUUUAUGUCCUGUUUGGAGCUGCCUGUCCCUAUCCUGUGAUGCUAGAAUCUAGAGUGGUGUAGCAAGCUAGAGGCUACAAUCCUGCCUCCCACAGCUGCCCUCCAUUCUGCACAGUCUGACACUGAGAGGAAGGACUUCCCUUUGUAGUUUGUGCUGUAAAUAAUUGCUUUGGCGGAGACUAGGGUCAUAGCUCAAUGGUAGAGCAUUUAUGAGGCCCUGGAUUCUUACCACAGCACCACAAAAUAAUAAAAUUAAA